AUGGGACUUCCCAAGGUCCUUUCUCGCGCGCUGGGCGCGCUUGGAGUCCUUCGAGGCUGUGCAGCGAGUCCCAAGGCAGCCUGUCACACUGAGGAGUGCGUCUCUUUCUCCGCCUCUUCCUCCGCCUCUUCCUCCGCCCUUCUGCAGGUGGCACAGGCUCCAAGCUUCAAGGCGAACUCAGAUGGAUUCGACCUUUGCGUGGUGCGUGACAACAAAUGCAUCGACCUCCACAUGGACGCAACGUGGGAUGAUGGUGUGACCUCAAAUCCAGCGCCCGAGCUGAACUGGACGGAUGCGCAGCUGGUCGUGGCACGCUACGAUGAAGACUUACGCUGGUUAGAUGCCUUGCCUCAAGUCCCAACGGUGAUCUACAACCGGGGCGACGAGCAAAGUCGUUUGUUGCCAAAGGCCCGAGAGAACCUCCGCAUCCUCCAUCAGCGCAAUCGGGGUCGCGAAGACCAGGUCUUUCUGCAGCAUAUCCACAAGAAUUAUGACCACCUGGCCCAGGCCACCGUAUUUCUUCAGGGAUGGCCCUUUGGCCAUUGCCCGGGCUUUCUCCGUGCGGUACGGAGAGCCCUUACUGCGGUGCUCACGCCCCAGAUGGCGGGCCCCGUGACCGCCGGGUACAUCGAAGGCCUGGCGCCCGUCACGAGCACCUUUUGGCACUACGACAUCGAGGGUGGUUUGAUUGGGCUGGCGCUUCAGAUGGCCGAGCGCAAUGUGCCGCCCGAGCAUCGCCCCCGAGCCGCGGCAGAGGUGAAGGAUGCCUUUGCGGAGAUCUGCCAGGAGAUCCUGAGAAAGCCCUGCCCCCGCCAACAAUGGGUCGCCGAAGGCGCCCAGUGGGCCGUGAGCAGGGAUCGCAUCCACAGCACUCCCCGGCACCUCUAUGCGAAAGCCAUGAGCCUUGGUGAAGGCUGGGCGGGAAAGAUUCGGGGCCUGGUGCUGGAAGCCAUUUGGCCGGUGCUCUUUGGCGCUGAUCACUGGGAACCCACCCAGGUGGACUACUUGCCAGAGCUGCGGGCCAGAGCCAACAAUCGCGCGAGGUCCAACGACGACUAUUGCGAGUUGGCCACGGGCGCCGUGAGCGGCACCGGUGCCGCGUGGCGACACUUGAUUUAUAGUUGUUCCCAGCGAGUGGAAUACUGCGAGCGCCAGCGGCACGCGGGAUCCGGCGACAGCCAAAGCUUUGAAGUCGAACGUCAGCAGUAUGAGAUCGACGACGCGAUGGGCUUCCUGCCGUGGAGCUUGGCCGCCCAACUGCGGCUGGUGCUCUUCGGUUCUUCCCGAUGGUGGCCACGCAACAGCCCUCAGGCGCGCCAGUCGCUGCCCUCGGCCAUCGCGGACCGGGGCUACUCGCCCCUCGUGGUGGAGCUGAAUGGUCGGAGAAUCCCAGUGGGGAAGGGAAGUGUGGAGUAG